AUGGCUCGGUGGACCGCCGAUGACUUCGUGCAGGAGAUGAACUCCAUCCAGAGGCUGGUGGGCAUGAGGCCCGGCACCGACAUGGAGCCUAAGCUCGUGCAGGCACUGCAAGAUCGCAUGGCCCAUCACCCGGGAUGGACGGCGGAUCAGCUGUGCAAAAUGAUGGAAGCAGUGGGCGAAUCUAGCUUGUCCGGCAACAGCAAAGAUGGCUUGCUCAAAGCCUUGGAUGAUGCUGCAGGCCCCACAAUCGCUGGUCAGUCCCAGGUACGACUCACUAGCAAACCCCAGACCCUCGUGCAACUCUGCAACUACCUCUCCAAGUCAGGUUGGGCGAAGUUGUCUACUUCGAGCAGCUGGGAUGCUACAGUGGUCGUCAGCGAGAGGCUCCGGAGGCUCGGGCUCACGAGUCUCAAAGAAGAGACGAAACAGUAUGCAACCGGCAUCAUCGUCACUUGUCAGAUAGAAAGACUCGGCAUUGCUCCAUCGUACGACGACAUCUACAGUCUCGCAGAGCAAUUGCACAAAGUCUUCCUCAGUGUGCAAGUUCCACGAAAAGCAGCAGGAGUGACAGUCUAUCCUUUGCACCCAUCAGAGCUCGGACCGGGCUUCAUGAAGGAUGCUUAUGAUCCAGAGGACCCACCGGAGCCGAGAGACCUCCCAGGUCUUGUAGCCCGGGUGGUGAAUGAGACACCGGUGCGAAGCACGUCCAGUUUGUUGUCGUGGAAUCAAGAGAAGAAGAACAAGAAGAAGGGCAAGGAUGCUGCUGGUGACGAUGCCUUGCAUAUGCAAGCCCUCAUGCACAGGUUCUUGCAGCAGACGGUCGGCGGCACGGGCAUGAACAAUUUCAAUGCAGUGCAGCCGGCAAGGAAUGGCAGCUUGGGAGCUUUGCAGGAGCCAUGCCCCAUAGCAUCCGGUAUGCAAGGUGUGCAACCAAACACAAGCAUCCAAAGCAAAGGCACUGUGCCCAGCAGCCUGGCUGCUUCAAGCAGUCUGCAGGCUUUGCAGAACAUUGAUUGCCUCGCCCCAGCAUGCCGCCCAGACCUCCUCGUAGUGCCUGUGGAGGAAAAGGAUCCCCCAGAGCAGCCCCAGCCCCAAGAGCAUGUGAAGGAAACCGCCGUGACAACACCUGCAAGCAGCAGCAAGCUCGAGGCGAUCGAGCAAGAGGCUUUCAAGGCUUUGCAGGCCCAAAGCAAGCCGGUAGAAAAUAAGAAGCGAGGGGCUCCAGAUCAGGGCAAAGCAGUCAUGAAGAGGCCUUCGGCCAAAGCCAGUGCAGCCAAGCCGGUUGGGAAAGCCAGUGCAGACCCGCCGCUAAAACUUGGUUGUAUUCGCUGCCGUGGCUGUCGAACAGGAUGUUCGCAGUGCCAGGAUCCGGGGUUCAAGGGACUCCGCCUGACGAGGGAGGAAUGGAAGGAGUGGUAUGCCAAACGGCAGCUUGCCCUCGCAAAGGGCAAAGCCUGCAACAAGAAGUCCAAGAGCAAGAAGUGA